AUGAAAAGACUUGACGUGUUUUCAAUGCAAAUUGUCACAAAAUACUUGGUAAAUUCCACCGACUUUAUUAAUGUUAAACACUUUAAUAUUUGUCAUUUUGUGAAAUACUCAAAAACAGACAGAGAAAAGUAUGGCAACACGAUCCCUCAAAAUGUGUAUUGUAUCGACAACAACUGUUUUGAAGAUUGCGAACAACAAGUGAUAAAGAUCCCAUAUAGUGUCCAAGUUAUUUUAGAUAAUGCUUUUGAAUACGCACACAUCCGAGAAAUUGACAUACCUAACUCGGUAACAUUUCUUGGUGAUAACGUGUUUGAUAGAUGCACUAAUUUAACACAUGUGGCACUUCCGUCUUCACUCAAAUACAUCCCUCCGCUUACUUUCAACAGAUGCGUGUCUUUAAAUAAAGUUGACAUACCGUCAUCUAUCACUGGGUUUGGUUGUGAAUGUUUUGGUCGGGGUUGUGGAAUAGAGUCCAUCGUCGUCACACCAAAUAUUUGUGUUUCAUUUGAUGCAUUUGAAUACUCCAAUUUGAAUCACAUCGAAUUUGUUGGGCAAUCAAUCAUAGCAGAUAAUGUGUGCAACCACUGUUUGUUAUUAAAAAGUGUAAAAAUGGACACAACCGUGAAGAUUAUUGGAAGUUACUCCUUUUAUCAAUGUGAAAAACUUGAAGAAAUUGAUGUCCCGUCAUCACUUCAAAUCAUCGAAAAUUCCGCUUUUAGAAAUUGCACUUCUUUACGUAGAUUUGUAAUUCCACAAGGGCUAUUGUAUAUGGAUUCAUUAGUAUUUUAUAAUUGCUACAAUUUGGAAGAACUGAAUUUUCCAGAAAGCACCAAGUUUUGUGGUAUUGAUACGUUAACCAAUUGCACUAAAUUAAGUGCACUGACACUUCCAAAUUUCAACGGUAAAUUGACAUUUGCGAUCAAUAAAGACGAAGAGCAAAUAGUUAAUAAAUUUGGGUAUACUGCACUUGAUGUUGUUAUAGAUGUUGACGAUGAAUUGAAAACCAAUUUAAAUUGCGAUGAACUUGUGUUGUACAACCUCGAACAUUGUAAAGUGUUUGAUUUUCAUGAGGCAGAAAAAAUUGAUGGGGAAUUUUUCCAAUAUAAUGAUUAUCUCCAAACGGUGUAUUACCCAUCAACACUUGUGGACUUUAAUUUGAGAAGCAUUUAUAAUGAGGCACAAAACCCCGUUGAAAUCUCAGAGAAUUGUUGCAUUAAUAUGUACAAAUAUUUUUCUUAUGAUACAACUCAUAACUUUGUGUUUCCGACAUCCAUCACCAAAAUUGGAAAACACAGCAUUUGGUAUGGAGUUGAAAAUACAUUUAUAGUACCAAGUACUGUUGUUGAAAUAGGCAAGAACACGUUUAGUGAAUAUAAUUAUCUUGAAGAACUUGUCAUACCAAGCAGUGUCACCAAAAUAGGGAAAGGGUUUGUAAGUGGAUGUAGCUUGUUGACAAGUCUUGUGUGUGAAAAUGGCACCUCGUUUGAUUUAAAGAAUAUCACAGAAAGUGACGAUAUCAUAGUACAAAAGUUGACAGAAAACACCACAUUGACCAAAUUAGUUUUUCCAAAUGGAGUCACUUUUGUGUACAAUUAUAUAAUUAAACUCGUUGAUUUAAAAGAACUUUCACUUCCUUCGACACUGAAAAAAGCAGACAAAUACCUGUUUUCUUAUAACAAAAAGUUGACAAAAAUAGAAACCAAUGGAGUUGAUAGAGACAUUUUUGUGGUGAGUUACGAAUGCCAUUUACGACUGAAAGCUCUUGGUUUCAAUUUUAACAACAUUAAAUUAACAGAAGGUGACAUGAAAGAGUUUGGGUAUGUCUGGGAUCCACAAUUGUGUUGGCAAGACGAAAGGUUUGUUGAGCUUCAAAUGGAAAAAUGCAAGUUACACACACCAUUGACACAUAAAACGAACCCCACCUCAGAUACUUAA